AGGAGGGGUCGUCUUUAGAAGGCUGAUGCUAUCGCAGUAAGCCUGUGCUCUCUCGACCACUCCCAGUCUCAAUCCACUAUAUGCUUUUUCAUUUCUCUUCAACUUCAACUAUUUUUAAACAAUGAAGAAGUGAAAAGAAGCCUUUGGAUACGAAAUAUCAAGACUCCUAUAGGAGGAAGAGAACGUUUUGGCUUUCUUUCUCGCAGUAGAGGGGACCCUGGCCACCAUGCUGUUGAAGCUCCUCCUCCCUUGCCUGCUGUUCGGAGCUCUGAGCCAGGCUCAGCAGGAACCCGUGACGGAUUGCUCAACCCAGAUCAAGUGUCCGAUCAACGUAUAUUUCACCAUCGACACGUCAGAGAGCAUCGCCCUGCAGUUUCUUCCUCCGGGGGGCCUGGUGGAUCGGAUCAAGUCCUUCUCAGAGCUUUUUGUGAAUAAGCUGCAGGAGGAGAUGUACAAGGACCACAUCACGAUCACCUGGGAGUUCGGGGGGCUGCACUUCUCCGAUCGAGUGGAGAUCUACAGCCAGAUCACCAGCAACACCAAUGAAUACAUCCAGCGCCUGCGCAGUAUCAAGUACCUGGGCCGAGGCACUUUCACGGACUGCGCCCUGUCCAACAUGACCUCCCAGGUGGUGGCCCAGGCCUCCCCGGAUAACCGCGUGCGCUUUGCCGUGGUGAUCACCGACGGGCACGUGACGGGCAGCCCCUGCGGGGGCAUGAAGUCCAGGGCAGAGAGUGCCCGGGACGCGGGGAUCAGGCUCUUCGCCGUGUCCCCCAGCAUUAACAAGUACGAGUCGGGGCUGAGGGAGAUCGCCAACAGCCCUGCCGAGCUGUACCGCAACAACUACCAGGCCACCGGGACCACAGGAGAGAUCCAUGUGGAAACCAUCGACCGCAUUAUCAAAGUCAUGAAACAAGAAGCCUAUUCCGAGUGUUACAAACUGACUUGCUUGGAGAAGCCGGGGCCCCCUGGUCCAAAGGGCUACAGAGGACAGAAGGGUGCAAAAGGAGACAUCGGGGACGUAGGACCUCUUGGGAGCAAAGGAAGACAAGGGGAUCCAGGUAUUGAAGGUCCGAUUGGUUACCCUGGUCCCAAGGGGUUUCAUGGUAUGAAAGGCGAAAAGGGGGAACUGGGAUCUGAAGGAAAGAGGGGUGUUACCGGGCUUGCUGGGCGGAAUGGAACAGAUGGACAGAAGGGCAAACUUGGACGUAUCGGAGCUCCAGGUUGCAAAGGGGAUCCUGGUGACAAGGGCCCCGCUGGGUAUCCUGGUGAUGUUGGAGAGAGGGGACAAGAAGGAGACCCUGGUUCUAAGGGAGACCACGGCCGGCCAGGCAGAGACGGGCCCCCUGGGCCCCCCGGAGAGCCAGGACAGAAGGGAGAGCAAGGAAGUCCAGGAUCCCCUGGCCUUCCUGGGCAGAAAGGAAGACAGGGAGAAAGAGGCGGAGGUGGACCUAAAGGAGAACCGGGGCGGAGAGGGGACCCUGGUACCAAGGGCGGUGCCGGGCCGACUGGCCCCAAUGGAGAGAAGGGAGACGUCGGCCCUGAGGGGCAGAGGGGACUUCCUGGAGAAGUAGGAAACAAAGGAGCCAAGGGAGACUUGGGACUGCCAGGACCCAGAGGCAUUUCCGGAGAAAUCGGCGGUUCAGGAAGAAAUGGCUCCCGUGGAGAUUCUGGUGAUGUGGGACAGAGAGGGGAACCUGGAGCUCCAGGACCAAAGGGCGACAGGGGAAGAACAGGAUUCAGCUACCCUGGCCCACGCGGACCCACGGGUGAUCGUGGUGAUAAAGGUAACCCAGGACCUCAGGGAGCACGGGGUGAAUACGGACAGAAGGGAGCCCCUGGUGUUAAGGGCACUGGUGGAGACCCGGGUGAUCCAGGACCUACUGGGGAGCCCGGACUGCGAGCACCCCAAGGAGAACCAGGAGAGCCGGGAGAUCCCGGCCCUGAAGGAGAUCCCGGCCUGACAGACUGUGAUGUCAUGACCUACGUCAGAGAGACCUGUGGAUGCUGUGACUGCGAGAAGCGCUGUGGGGCUCUGGAUAUCGUCUUUGUUAUUGACAGCUCUGAGAGUGUGGGGCUCACCAACUUCACCCUGGAGAAGAACUUUGUGAUCAACGUGGUGAGCAGGCUGGGCUCCAUCGCCAAGGACCCCAAAUCAGAUACAGGCACUCGUGUUGGCAUUGUCCAGUACAGCCAUGACAACACCUUUGAGGCCAUCCAGCUGAACGACUCACGCAUUGACUCGCUGGCCACCUUCAAGGACGCUGUGAAGAGGCUGCAGUGGAUCGCGGGGGGCACCUACACCCCCUCCGCCCUGCGCUUCGCCUACGACCAGCUGAUCAAAGGCAGCAAGCGCGACAAAGCCAAGGUCUUCGCUGUUGUCAUCACAGACGGGCGCUAUGACCCGCGAGACGACGAGACGCUCCUGCAGUCCCUGUGCAGUGGCGACGUCAUCGUCAACGCCAUCGGCAUUGGGGACAUGUUCAGCCGCCAGCAGGAGGACGAGAGCCUGAAAUCCAUCGCGUGCAACGAUCAGAGCCGCGUAACCGGGAUGAACCUGUUUGCAGACCUGGUAGCCGAGGAGUUCAUCGACAAAAUGGAGGAGGUGCUGUGCCCAGAUCCAUUUGUUGUUUGCCCGGACCUUCCCUGCAAAACAGAUGGGACAGAGCCUUGGAAUGAGUUGUACCCAGCCCCUGCAGAGGAGGGGAAGGACCCCUCAAACCCCAACUCCAUCCCCACCUCCAUCUCUGAGGUCCGGCACUUGUUAAGCUCCCUGAAGGCGAGCCAGGACCCCGAUUCCUACCCCAAAGUGGUGGCCACCCUGGCGUACACUGCCCAGAGAGCCAAGCUCACCAAGGGAGAAGACAGGGAGAAAUGGACCAAUCUGUUCAUUGACACCUUCAAAAUGGUGUACGGGGACAUCAUGGGGGACCCAGAUAUAGCACUAGGGUUGUGCUAAACUAGUCAGCAAUGGCAGCCAGAACUUCAUACUCACUGUCUUUAUAAUGCAGUCCAAUCAUUCAGAAUCAUUGUUGUGGUAUUUCUGUCUUGUUUGCUGAAGCAAUUACAUUUUCUAAUGUUUUUGGUUGAAAAAACAAGAGUAUGCUGUGUUUGGAUUUGUGCCGCUCUAGUUAAUGCUACACCAAAGCAAGGCAGUAUUACUGCUAUCUGCAACUAAGAUCAUACUGAUUCCUUUUCUUGCUUCUUUCCUGCCAAUUAAUGUAAGAUACAGGCCUCAAAUUCCACUUCCUCUGCCUCUGUACUUUAUUGGAGGUAUCUAAGGGUAGAUACAGCCACUGUUCUUUGCCGGCAGCAGGCACUCUUUUUAGUCAUUUGAAUGGUAUUUCCCAUUCCUCUGAAUCAUUCUGGCCUUUAGCCUUCAUGUCGGUACAACCAAAAACUGGAUGUUAGAAAAAAUAAAUGACAAAAUGCAUUCCCAAUUGAUAUUUUAGCCAAUAAUCAAUUAAAAUGUCAUCAUUGUCCAACCAUAGCAUUGUCUGGAAUGAGAAUCAGAUACCUGCCUCUGUAUGGAACUAUAAAGGUAAAGUCAUGUCAGGUCCAGUCGCAUAGGAAUGCACAAGAACUCUUGAGAAUAACAGUCCUUUAAAAUUGGAAUUGUGUAUAUAUUUUUUUUAUUUUUGUGAAAGUUAGACAAUGGCAGUGUUUACAGUCAGACACAGUGCUGACAGUGUGUUAAACUGAUCAAAAAACAUACGCUCAGAUAAUGUUAGAUUGUAAGUUAAGUUUAAAAAAAUAGAAGGAAAUGUGUGGCCUUGAUUUUGAAAUGUUAAUAUUUGGUUGUUUCUGUGGUAUAGUAUUGUUUUUAAUGUGAUCUGAUGAAGUUUCUUUAAAGUAACCCUUUUGAUACAGUACCUGUCUGGCAUCUUUAGGCUGUUCCCAUGAUUCAGUAAUGGAGAACAAAACACUAUCUAUAUAUGAGGAUUCUUAUACCAAUAAUGCAUUGUAAUGGCAUAUCCCUUAUAAAAGUUUACUUGGCUUGCUAGGAGGUGUAUUUUUGUAAUUUAGCAGUUUCCCUUCGCUUGUCCCAUGUUUAUACAAUUCAUUUAUAGUUGACCAUAGUUUGCCAUGUUUAUGAAUAUGCUGUUCCGUACCUCUCUGGGCUUUACAAUGCUUACCUAUUCUUCACAUUGUUCAUAUUGUAGGAAUCCAAUGGAAUAUGGUAGGAAUCCAAUGGAAUAUCAUAGGAUUCCAGCAUGUACAAUGAAGCAUGUUUCUUCAAUCUUUAAGAAAACUUUUUUUAGUAAAAACUUGAUCAUUCCCAUAAAAUGUUUUUGUUUUUCUCAAACAAAAUAGAGCAAAUUGCAUGGUCUGCAUGGUCUGCAUGCCAGAGAGUAAUACUCGAUGAGUGAAGCGAAUCAUGUCUCCAGGUAUUUUUGACCAAACAGAAAACUAGCACAGUUGCUCUUAUACUUCAAUGUGAAAUGAAACACUGUAGUGGCCAGUGAUCUGUAAUGAAUUCAAUGGAAUAUGGUAGGAAUCCAAUGGAAUAUCAUAGGAAUCCAGUGGACUAUUACAAGACAAUCAGAUAUUCCAUUGAAAUCCAUAUGGAUCUGCAGCGGUUGUUUUAAAGUGUUAUUCCAUUAAAAUCUCUCUAUUAUCUCUGAUAUUUUACAAUACACUGUCUCAAUGUAUUGAAGGCAUGCUAUAACCCUGUGAAUGUAUAAGUGUCUGGCACAUAUCGGAUAUGUUAAAUUGUCCAAGAUGACUGUAAGAAGCAUUUAUAUGUAGAUCUUCUUUGUAAAUAAACUGAGAAAAGAAUGAAACAUUACAUUAAAUUAAAUACAUGUAUUGAAAGCAAUUCAGGAUGUACCAUGUGGUUUAUUUUGUUUUGUAUUUUAUCUUGGUUAUUAAUUUCUUAACCCAUUCCUUCAAAAAUCUUGUGCUGUUUAAGAAAACAGUUCAUUUUUAAGGCCUAACUAAUCUCAGACCAGGGUUUUGAGUGCUUCCUCUAUGGGCUUCAUUUAUUUGUAGUUGCUGCAUUGUUUGCUGAAAAAAAUGUUGCUUUGUAUGGUCAAAGUUUCUGGUGAUUGGAGUGUUCUGUUGCUUGGCUUCUUGAAAAGUGUUGAAUGACAGUGUCUUAGCAGGACAUAGAGCAAACAAAAAAAGUACUAAAUAUUAAGUUACAAUUGCAUGUUUUACAUGUUUUUGAUUUUCCAAAGUUUUCUCAGCUAACAAACAAAAAAUGACCCAAUGCUCUUGUACAUUUUUCAGUCCUGCACUUCAUAGAGAAGUCAUAUGAUGAGCACAGAGAAGUUAGAAAAGCAGUGAUUGGUUACUGAGCAGGAGAGCCAAACACGAGGAUUCCAACUCCCCGAAGUCAGCACCUCCACGCUUUGGCUGUCCUUCACAGAAGCUGCUCUCACCAAUGAACACAUGCUAGACAAUGACCCGGGCUCUUGGUUUCUGAAUAGGGACUGAUUUCAUGAAGCAUGUAAAUGUGAUUAAAAACAACUAUAUGCUUCCGAGCAGGGAAACU